CGGGCGGCGGGCAGCCCGCAAUCCCGCAGGCGGACGCCAGGGGUCCUUUCUGGGCAGGACCCACCCCUCGGCCCCGCAAAGUCCUGUCACUCAGGUCCGAGCCGUGGCGGAGAGCAGGAGACGCGAGCAGAGAUUUCAGAAUGACUUCCAUCCUGACUUAUACUUUAAAAACGCUUCCCAGUACAUCAAAAUGGGCCUUGAGAUUUUCUGUAAGAACUCUGAGCUGCUCCUCCCAGCUGCAUGCUGCCCCAGCCGUCCAGACCAGCUCAAAGAAGACCUUAGCCAAGCCCAAUGUAAGGAAUAUCGUGGUGGUGGAGGGUGUUCGCAUUCCAUUUUUGCUGUCAGGCACUUCUUAUAAAGACCUGAUGCCACACGAUUUGGCUAGAGCAGCACUUUCGGGUUUGUUGCAUCGGACCAAUAUCCCAAAGGAAGUUGUGGAUUAUAUUAUCUUUGGCACGGUUAUACAGGAAGUUAAAACAAGCAAUGUGGCUAGAGAGGCUGCCCUCGGAGCUGGCUUUUCUGACAAGACCCCCGCUCAUACCGUUACCAUGGCAUGCAUCUCUGCCAACCAAGCCAUGACCACAGCUGUUGGCCUCAUCGCUGCUGGCCAGUACGACGUGGUUGUGGCAGGAGGUGUAGAAUUAAUGUCUGACGUUCCUAUUCGUCAUUCUCGGAAAAUGAGGAAAAUGAUGCUGGAUCUUAAUAAGGCCAAGACUCUGGGGCAGCGGCUCUCUUUACUCUCAAAAUUCAGAUUGAAUUUCCUAGCACCUGAGCUCCCUGCAGUGGCCGAGUUCUCCACCAAUGAGACUAUGGGCCACUCUGCAGACCGAUUGGCCGCUGCCUUUUCUGUUUCUCGGCUGGAACAGGAUGAGUAUGCACUGCGCUCACAUAACCUGGCCAAGAAGGCACAGGAUGAAGGUCUCCUUUCUGAUAUUGUGCCAUUCAAAGUGCCAGGAAGAGAUACAGUUACCAAAGAUAAUGGCAUCCGCCCUUCCUCCCUGGAGCAGAUGGCCAAACUGAAACCUGCAUUCAUCAAGCCCUAUGGCACAGUGACAGCUGCAAAUUCUUCUUUCCUGACCGAUGGUGCAUCUGCAAUGCUGAUCAUGGCAGAGGAGAAAGCUCUGGCCUUGGGUUACAAACCAAAGGCAUAUCUGAGGGAUUUUGUGUAUGUGUCUCAGGAUCCAAAAGAUCAACUUUUACUUGGACCAACAUAUGCUACUCCAAAAGUUCUAGAAAAGGCGGGAUUAACAAUGAAUGAUAUUGAUGCUUUUGAAUUUCACGAAGCCUUUUCAGGUCAGAUUUUGGCUAAUUUUAGAGCCAUGGAUUCUGAUUGGUUUGCACAGAACUACAUGGGUAGAAAAACUAAGGUUGGAUUGCCUCCAUUGGACAAGUUUAACAACUGGGGGGGAUCAUUGUCUCUGGGACACCCCUUUGGAGCCACUGGUGUCCGGUUGGUGAUGACAGCUGCCAACAGGUUGCGAAAGGACGGAGGCCAGUAUGGGUUGGUGGCUGCAUGUGCUGCUGGAGGACAGGGCCAUGCUAUGAUAGUAGAAGCUUAUCCCAAAUAAAAGGAAGACGGGUGCCUGCAGUCUCUGAGCAACACUCAGUAGGCAAUGCCAUUCCAGUGCAUUCCUAAAUGACACCUAUAGUCCUUUCUCCUCUUAGGAAAGCAAAAUUGUGGCCUUGUAUCAAAUAGUUCGCAGUUAAGCCGUGUCUGUGUUCUUGCGCUUUCCAGUAACCACACCUUACUGCUCUUUCUGGGGUUUCUCAGUCACCAGAAUCUCACAGAGUGUUAUGUUUAAGCACAUUUUUGGUCUUUAUUCCUUAAAAGGUGGUGUGAAUGGUUACACUUUGGGAAGGAGUUUAGCUGAGAUUCGGGGAUCAUCUCUGUAACAUCUGAAAAUCAUAUGCCUCUUUGUUUGUAACCUAAAGAAAAGUGUUUUCUAUAAAAGACAAGCCAAUGUGCCUACAUAACCUAAUUAUCAGAAAGAUAACUCAAAGUCUAAACAUCACUGAAAACUUACAGUAACUGUUUGGCUACGAACACUAUGGGGGUUGCCCACAAUAAAAUGAAAAGUAUUGGAAAGCUGG